AUGCCCGGGCAGACAAUAGCAUUAUCGCUGUUUUUGGUGCUAGUGGCUAUAGGCAGCAAUAUUCUUAUUGGAAUUUUCAUAGUUAUUAAACGGAGUAUUGCACGUCGCAAAAGUCGUAUCGGUCGCAUUGUUUAUACUGCUAUUGGAAGUGGUGCUCCAAAGGUUUGGAUUUUCAAACAUAAUGUCGGAGUUUAUAUAGUUUUGGAAACAGUUAAUAAUUUCCCAAAUAAAUUCGACAGUAAAGGAAAUCUCGGAUUUCAAUUCCGUGCCAAGACCGUUGAUUUAUUUAUUGAUUUGAAGGAAAAAAUUUUGAAAUCGUAUCCACAUUUUGAAGCACCACCUGUCCGAAGUAUUCGUGAUUUCCUCAUGAGUGCUUCCUCAGAAGCCGUGCUUCCCAAGCCCAAUCAAGAACUUGUGGAAGCAUACUGCGAAUUAUAUAAUCGCGCGAGGCAUGAUCCGGGUGCUUAUACUGAUGUUGAUUACUUGAAGUUUUUGGAAAUCCACGACCAAUUUCUGAAAUCUGUGGUGGUUAAAGCGGAUACUCCGAUAGUGGUCGACUCUCCCAGCAAAUCAUCCUCUUUAAGGGCUCAUAAGCGUCGAUCGAAGGCAUCCUCAUCAACAAGAACUAGUGGCCACCAAGAUGUAGUCUCGCCUUCUUCUCUAGAGUUUAUUAAGAUGAAGAAAACUAUUCAAGUAGAAGCUACUCCUGGAACUAGUGGGGUUGUUGAUAACGCUCUUCUUCGAACUGCUCUCAGUCGUAGUGGCAGUGCUGCAUCUGACGAUUCACAAACUGCACUCAUUAGACUUGAUCAUUAUAGCACAAAUGUUCGAACGGCAUAG